UUCCCUAUACAAAUAUCAACCAGGGAGGUUGGCCCAAAUGAAUAACUAUAGUCUGACUUAUUAGAAAUUGCCAAUAUUGUAAACAAAUUAUAAAAUCAAAGUUUUAGAGAUUAAAAAUAUUUUUGUGAAAUGUGAGAGUUUAUCAAAAUUGUAACCUAUGUGAGGUCACGCAAAAUAUUAUUUUAUGAGGUCUCAGUUAUGACCUCAUAUAUAAACACUUUGAAGACGAAGAAAUUGUUGAAGUGACAAGUGUACUAGUAAUUUUUAAUUUAACUUAAUAUUAUAAAUAUGUGAAGUUUGUAAGGUUGUAGGGGGUAAUCUUUUGAUCUAAUAAACUGAUUUUGAAAUGUCCUUUACCAGAAGAAAGCCACGUUGUUUUGGAUUCGAUAUUAGUGAUCCUGCCCUUCUCGUUGGCGGCUGACAUGUGAACUCGCACUCAUUUAUUAUCGACAUUUCGACGUAAUAGUGAAGUGACAUUCGAUAAAAAUAACAAAAUGUUUGCCAAGUGUGUUCUGUGUUUUGUUUUUGUAUUGCUGUGUGUUGAAUGUGUUCAGUACGUAGGUGAAUCUUGCACAAGUGAGAAUGGAGCGGGCACUUGCAAGCAAUUGUCCCAGUGCACUCCUCUUCUGAACGAGAUCCGACGUUCCGGUACUCCGAUGCCUUCACACAUGCGGGACAAGUUGCAGAGACUAGGGUGCGGCUUCGAAUUCGAUGAACCACUGGUAUGCUGCAGUUCCAGUAGUAACAGAAAUACACCAAAACCAUUCACUUCUAAACCGAGCACUAGCUCAUGGGGCUCAUUUACAACAGAAAAUCCUUACAACACUGAUGGAAACAAUAAGAAUAAUAACAACAGGGAUAGAGAAAACAACAAUAACAACAGGGACCAAGAUAACAACAAUAACAACUGGUUUAGUAACACAAAUAGUGUAUAUAAUUCAAUAGAUAGGACACCGGAUAUAAGAAAUCAUCGAAACUUUAAUCUUCUGCCCACGGAGUGCGGUGCUAUAGAGGGUGAAAGAAUAUUUGGUGGCAGUAGAACGAAGCUGUUCGAGAUGCCGUGGAUGGUCCUGCUGUCCUAUGAAUCAGGACGUGGCACAAGACUGAGCUGUGGUGGUACUUUGAUAACAGAGAGGUACGUGCUGACGGCAGCGCAUUGCAUCUCAUUCCUCAGAGGAAGUCUGAGGCUGACGUCCGUCGUACUGGGAGAGUAUGAUGUCAGGAGAGACCCUGAUUGCGAGAGGAUGGAGGGACAAUUGAUUUGUGCGCCGAAAAUUAGAAAUGUAUCAAUAGACUCAGUAAUCCCGCAUCCACAGUACUCCCCGCAGACUCUAGCAGAUGACAUCGGUCUCAUACGGCUAGCUGAACCAGCAGACUUUUCUCUUGACAGCAUGAAGCCGAUCUGCCUGCCAACCACUUCCUCACUGGUGUCAGAGAGUCUGGAGGGACUCAACGGUGUGGUAGCGGGCUGGGGCGCCACGGAGGAUGGUCUGCAGUCCCCCGUGCUGCUUAGUGUCGACCUGCCCGUCAUCUCCAACGCGGAGUGCCAGGGGAUCUACAGGGACGGAUCUGUCACUAUCCAAAAGUCGCAGCUAUGUGCGGGCGGGGUGCAAGACAAGGACUCGUGCGGAGGGGACUCCGGCGGACCCCUGAUGUACCCGGGCCGGACCGGCGCCGCAGGGGUCCGGUACGUGCAGCGAGGGGUCGUCUCCUACGGGUCCAAACGAUGCGGCGUCGCCGGCUUCCCUGGCAUCUAUACGAGGGUCGCCAACUACAUGGAUUGGAUAUUGGACAAUAUACGCGGAUGACAAUACAAUGUAGUCUACGUGGAAGUUCAUUAUAAAUAAUUAAAAUCGAUUUAUUUGCUACUAGCGGACGCCCGCGACUUCGUCCGCGUUAAAAUCGAUGUCAAUUGCGAUCGACGAUAUUUGCGAGUGUCAUAGACAAUUUUUUAACUCCGGGUUCUUUCGGGAACAGGAGCUAUGUGGAUGAAACCGCAGGGCGUCUUUUAGCGGCAUUUUUGCGUCUUUUAGAAAUUUUGUAUUAUAUCCGAAACUAUAUGACUAAUGUAACAGAAGGUGGGAGAAGUAAAAUAAUAGUUUCACUGUACACAAAUUUAUUCGAUAACAAUUUCAGCAUAGCUUCCGCUAUAAUGUUACCUAAUAUUACACGCUGAUGGUAGUAUAUCAAUGAAUCUGCUAAACAACCCUCUAUUUUAUAAUAUUUGCAAAGUUAGUGUCUACUGUUGGUAGCACGAAUAUGUUAACAAUACAAGUACGUUUUAAUAAUAGUUCCGGAGUAUUAUUAUGCAAACCAAACGUUAUAAUUCUAUCUAAAACACAUAAAUUAAUUAGAGGAUAUUUAUAACGAUCGUAAAAUAAUAUUAAAAUAUCGAAACACAAAGUUGAGAAAUACAAUAUAAAUCAUAACGUGACGUCACAAUUGUUAAGAAUAAAAUAACCAAUGAUGAAUUUGUAUCACGUAAAAUAAAUAAUUAUAUUUAUAUAAAUUAUAAUAACCUCUCCACUGUUCGGAUUGAUAAUCAUUGUUACUUAAUCAAAUUUAACUAUAGUAACCGGAAGUCAUAAAAGUAUGAAAUGAAAUGACGCUACUAUACGCUAGGCGGCGACACUUAUCUAUACGAAAUAGGCGGGAAGCAGGUACUACUUGUAACUCUAAUUAACAUCCUGUAAAAGGCAAAUCUUAUCUCUACAAUAUCCUCUUGAUUAUUAUGUAAUUCAUUUUGAUAAGGAUUUAAGUUUAGUUGUGUAAAUAAUGACGUAAACCUUAGUAUAAGAUUUAAAUAAUUUAUUAAAGUACUAAAGAUACUUUGUCUGCUAAAAUAUAGAAGAUAGAUAUAUGCUGUCGCGACGUGUUUUGUAGAAAAUGAUGUGUUCUGCAAAGUUAUAGUAUAUUAUUUUAUUCUAAUUUCUAACAUCAAUAGUUUUGGCAGCGCACUCCAUGUAAACAAAACUUUUGUACAUCAUGGAUUACAUUAUUGGAGUUUUAGGAAGGAUUCCUAAUUUUUUUGAAAAUAAAAUAUAGCCUUCCUCGAUAAAUGGACUAUCUAUCACUGAAAGUAUUUUUCAAAUCGGACCAGUAGUUCCUGAGAUUCAAUCAAACAAACAAACAAGAGUUUGUUUGUUUGAUUGAAUCUCCUUGGUUGAAGUUUGGUCUACCUUAUUGAGGUCAUUAAUGAAGUUAUCGACAACUACCUUUAUGGAUGGUGUACGUCCUCUGUAGUCAAUCUUUCUACCAAGGUUUAAGAUAUAAAAUUUUACGUAUUAAUUGUAUCAGUGUAAGUAAAUCAUUGUGCCUACUUCCUGAGUACAAAUGUGUGGAAUUGUAAGGCGUCAGGUUAAAAAAUAAAGAUAUACUUUCUUGAA